AUGAAUGGCCUGGAUGAAGACAACUCUGAGUCAGAAGAGGAGCUGGAUACAAAGUUGGAUCUCUCAAACCUCACCGAAUACGAACUCAAGAUCGCCGACGAUGUUGUUGCAUCAGACGACAUACCUGUCAGUUUCGAAGAUAUCGGCGGACUUGAAGAUAUAAUAGAAGAGCUGAAGGAGUCUGUCAUAUAUCCUCUCACAAUGCCACACCUCUACGCGUCAUCCUCAUCACUCCUCUCCGCACCAUCCGGUGUGCUUCUAUACGGCCCCCCUGGCUGCGGGAAGACCAUGCUUGCAAAGGCACUCGCACACGAGAGCGGAGCUUGCUUCAUAAACCUCCACAUAUCGACCGUUACGGAGAAGUGGUAUGGAGACUCGAAUAAGCUGGUCAACGCUGUGUUCUCCCUUGCGCGGAAACUCCAGCCGGCCAUUGUGUUCAUCGACGAGAUAGACGCGGUCCUGGGCCAGAGACGGAGUGGCGAACACGAGGCUAGCGGUAUGGUCAAAGCAGAGUUCAUGACCCAAUGGGACGGUCUAACCUCCGCCAAUUCCCACGGUACCCCCCAGCGAAUCUGCGUGCUCGGCGCAACAAACCGCAUAAAUGACAUAGACGAAGCCAUUCUCCGUCGCAUGCCCAAGAAAUUCGCCGUCCCGCUCCCAAGCACACACCAGCGCCGCGGAAUCCUAAAGCUCAUCUUGAACGACACAAAGAUUGACAAGGACCACUUCGACCUCGACUACGUCGUCCGUGUCACAGCUGGGAUGAGCGGCUCAGACCUCAAAGACGCGUGCAGGGACGCCGUCAUGACGCCGGUGCGCGAGUAUAUACGACAGAAGAAGGCAGAGGGUAGUCUCAGAGCCGGUGUGGACGCACGACAGGUGCGCGGAAUCCGAACAUCUGAUUUCUUCAGCACGAAAGGGAAUAUUCAUCAAAUGCGAGAGUCGCAGACGACUGCCCUCGUGAACGAUUUAGAGGAGGACGAAGAAGACGAGCGACGAGUCGAGAGCGAGUUGGACACCUCGAGUGAGCGGUCUCGAGACGACUACCAUGAGACGGUGAAUGCUUCAUAG